AUGUUUCUGGCUGCUAAACUGGUCUCUCGCAGUCACAGAAUUAAAAUCCGCAUAAUUGAGGUUUCACUGCUAUCACGCCUGGAUCAUCCGCACAUUAUUAGUUAUUACGAUUCAUUUGAAGAAAAUGGUAUUUUGAUGAUUGAAAUGGAAUACGCCGAAGGAGGGACUUUGGCUCAGCUUUUAUCAAGUCAGGAAUCAUUGUUGAGAGAAAGUGAAAUUAUGCGUAUGUUCGAGCAAAUGUUAAGCGCAGUGUCUUAUCUACACGAUAAUAGUGUCCUACACAGAGAUCUAAAAACAGCAAAUGUGUUUUUAACGAAAGACAAUAACGUAAAAGUUGGCGAUUUUGGAAUAAGUAGAAUGAUGAGUACAGAAACACAAGCACAAGGAGCGCAAACGAUUGUGGGAACGCCAUAUUACAUCAGUCCUGAAAUGUGCGAAGGAAAGCCAUACAACGAGAAAAGCGAUGUUUGGGCGCUAGGCUGUAUCUUAUACGAAAUGGCUUGUUUGCAGAGGGCUUUUGAAGGUACCAAUCUACCCGCCGUAGUGAACAAGAUUGUCAAAGCACAGUACGAUCAAGUUCGUGGACCAUACAGCAACGAACUGAAGCUACUUGUAAGGGAUUUGUUGAAGUUAGAGCCGGAACAGAGGCCAACUGCUCGAGAUGCACUUGAGACAGUGCGCAGAAAUCGGAGCCUGAGGCUAAUGCGUCAAGCGACCAUAACUGAGCGCGAUGAGACUUUAGUGGGCAACUGGAGACAGCGACAUUCCAGGACACAUAGUGCCUUAUACCGAUUUGAUGUAUCAAAUAUUACACUCAGCCCGAUUGCCGGAAUGCCAGCUGGCAUUAAAAUCAAACAGAUUGCGAUCAGUGAUCGGCAUAGCAUAUUGUUGACGUCAGAAAGACUAGUUUUUGCGUGGGGCAAUAACAGAUUUGGACAGCUAGGUCUUGGUGAUCGGGAUAAUCGCAACGAACCAGUACUGGUGGAAAGCCUUUUGGGCAAAGGUGUUAUUACGGUGGCCGUUGGUCUGUUUUUACAUUCAUAG